GCAGCAAGCUGCAAUCCUGGAGGACUUGGUGAGAAAUGUGCCCCUGGAGUUUGAUUUCCUCUUCUCCAAAUCACAUGCAGAAGUGAUUUCAGGGAAACAAGAAGGUGUCUAUGCUUGGAUCGGUAUCAACUUUGUCCUGGGCCGGUUUGAUCAUGAGGACGAGGAGGAUGCGGUCGUCACUGUGGCGCUGGGGGACCAGGGAGAGUCCCUGGUUCGGAAACGAACGGUUGGGAUCCUAGACAUGGGGGGCGCCUCCCUGCAGAUUGCCUACGAAGUGCCCGACUCUGGAGCCUUCUCCUCCCCGCAGCAGGAGGAGGCUGCUAAGAGCUUACUGGCAGAAUUCAACCUGGGCUGCGACGUGCAGCACACUGGCCACGUGUACCGCGUCUACGUCAACACCUUCCUGGGCUUCGGGGGCAAUUUUGCCCGGCAGCGCUAUGAGGAGCUUGUGCUGAACCAGACCUCUGUGCACAACCGAGCCGCCCUUGGUGAUAACAGCUCCCAGAGCCAUGCUGGCAACAGCAGAUGCCCGGGCUGGCACAGUGCACAGGCGCUGCCCUUCUCCGAGCCUGGCAGGCGUUAUCAGUGCCACAGCUCCCUGCCUUCCUCCUCCUCCCUUCAUGGCAGGCUGCGGGGAGGCCACUCUGAGCGCUACGUGAAGCUGUCGCCAGAGGCGGAGAGGCUUGGUGCCCAGGUACUCCUGUGCCGGGAGCAAACCCUGCCUCCAGAUCCCCGGGGGCUCUGCAGGGGUGUGGAUCCCCGCAAGCUGGGUGGGGUGGCCAUGCCUUGUCGCAUCCCGCAGGCAGAGUACUGCAGCCAGCGAUGGGAGGUGCUGACCCAACGCUUCCGUGGUGGCCUCUACUCAGCGCACGCCGACCAGCACCGGCUGAAGUAUCAGUGCUUCAAAUCAGCCUGGAUGUACCAAGUCCUUCACCAGGGCUUCCACUUCCCCCUGGACUACCCCAGCCUGCGCACGGCCCAGCUGGUGUACGACCGGGAGGUGCAGUGGACGCUGGGAGCCAUCCUCUACAAGACGCGGUUUCUGCCACUCAGGGAUCUCCGGCAGGAGAGCAUCCGGCAAGCACAUGCCUCCUGGCUGCGCCUCUCUUUUGUCUACAACCACUAUCUCUUCUUUGCCUGCAUCCUGGUCGUAGCGCUGGCCAUAGUCCUCUACCUCCUGCGGCUGCGCCGCAUCCACCGCCGGCAGCUGCGCUCGGCCCAGCUCACCCUGCUCUGGCUGGACAAGGUGGUCGUGCCGCCGGGCCAGGGAAACGGGCCAUGACACUGGUG